UGUUAAGCCAUACACUUGCCCACCAUAUACGUGACACAACUAUUCAUAAGACUUUUCCCUGUAUAUUAUUUAUAUAAAGUUGCUACGUUUAUUGGUUCUUGAAUACAUUGCUGUAGUUUUCAUCUUCACAAAUGGCGGCUCGUGUAUUUUCCUCACGUCUCUCGCGCUCUUUCACAUCCUCUUUCAAUCUGCUUUCGAGGGGAAAAAAUUCCCAUCUCGGGGGAAUAGCUGCUAAUAAAUACAGCACAGCGGCUGCCUUCGAGGAACCCAUCAAGCCAACUGUCAAUGUGGAACAUAAUAAACUUUUCAUCAACGGGCAAUUUGUUGAUGCUGCAUCAGGAAAAACUUUCCCGACCCUCGACCCCAGGACAGGAGAGGUAAUUGCACAUGUUGCUGAAGGUGAUGUGGAAGAUAUUAAUCGGGCAGUUGGUGCUGCUCGUAAGGCUUUCGAUGAAGGACCAUGGCCCAGAAUGACUGCUUAUGAAAGGUCAAAGAUAUUGCUGCGCCUUGCUGAUCUGAUUGAAAAACAUAACGAUCAAAUUGCAACACUCGAGGCUUGGGACACUGGGAAGCCAUAUGAACAGGCUGCUAAGAUUGAAGUACCAAUGGUUGUACGUUUACUCCGUUAUUAUGCUGGAUGGGCAGAUAAAAUUCAUGGUAUGACUAUUCCUGCUGAUGGACCAUAUCAUGUUCAAACGUUGCACGAACCAAUCGGGGUUGCUGGUCAGAUUAUCCCAUGGAAUUUUCCUCUUCUCAUGUUUUCUUGGAAGAUUGGCCCAGCCUUAGCUACUGGCAACAGUAUCGUGCUAAAGACAGCUGAGCAGACCCCAUUAUCUGCAUUCUAUGUAGCAAAUCUAUUGCAGGAGGCUGGGCUGCCUGAAGGUGUUUUGAAUAUCAUAUCUGGUUUUGGUCCCACAGCUGGUGCUGCUCUCUGUAGUCAUAUGGAUGUGGAUAAGCUUGCUUUUACUGGAUCAACAGAUACAGGAAAAGCUAUACUUGCAUUGGCUGCUAAGAGCAAUCUUAAGCCUGUGACUUUGGAACUUGGAGGGAAAUCCCCUUUCAUUGUUUGUGAGGAUGCUGAUAUUGAUACGGCCGUUGAACAAGCUCACUUUGCUUUGUUCUUUAAUCAGGGACAAUGUUGCUGUGCUGGCUCUCGGACCUAUGUUCACGAGAAAGUCUACGAUGAAUUUGUGGAGAAGGCAAAGGCACGUGCCUUGAAACGCACAGUUGGUGAUCCGUUUAAAUCAGGCACUGAGCAGGGUCCUCAGAUUGAUUCAAAACAGUUUGAUAAGAUCUUGAAGUACAUUAGAUCUGGUGUUGAUAGUGGAGCUACUCUUGAAACUGGCGGUGAGCGACUUGGUGAAAAGGGAUAUUAUAUUAAGCCCACAGUUUUCUCUAAUGUUAAGGAUGAUAUGCUGAUUGCACAGGAUGAGAUUUUUGGUCCAGUGCAGUCCAUCUUAAAAUUCAAGGAUGUCGAUGAAGUGAUAAGGAGAGCUAAUAAUAGUCGAUAUGGUCUAGCUGCUGGAGUGUUUACGCAGAACAUUGACACCGCAAACACGUUGGCACGAGCCUUGAGAGUUGGGUCGGUAUGGAUUAAUUGCUUUGAUAUCUUUGAUGCUACAAUUCCUUUUGGUGGCUAUAAGAUGAGUGGUCAAGGAAGAGAAAAGGGCGAAUACAGUCUCAAGAAUUACUUGCAAGUGAAGGCAGUUGUGACCCAAUUGAAGAAUCCAGCAUGGUUAUAAACAUAAUUCUCCUCAGCAAUUUUUACAAGUAAAACUAAAUCAUCAUGAUAUCAAGUUGAUGACGAAAAAUGUUGGUUUUCUUUCGGAACUGUUUUUAUAUGCAAACUGCAAUUGAUGUAAACAGGCAACAAGUUUUAAUUAAAUCCGUUGUCAUUUCCGCUCUUAUA